AAAUCACAUGGCUCUCGGCCGCGAUGCUGUUCAAGUUGGUCUAGAACAAGCGACUGAAGAAAGGGAGAAUGGCUCUUCCCAACGUGGGCCACCUCCCAUAAUCGAUACCAAUGAUGUACUCGCUUGUCGGCCCAACAUGGCCGGUAUUCAUGAAGGCGAGCGGACAGGCAAACCUGAACCCAACAAUGGACAAGGGGAACCCGCAGGGACGGCCUUGGUAGAAGUGAUCAAGAAGCGUUCCCAAUUGCUAGCCCAAGCCGGUAAACGCAUCCCAAAUCCCAACUUGCCGAUCCAACCGAUCACAAGCUCUCGCCUUGUCCCUCGGUCUGCCUUAGCAACAGAUACUGACAACCAAUCUGUGGAUGGCAGUCAAGUCAACCUGAUUGAUUUCUUGUCUCAACCCGCCGCCAACUCUGCCGCUCUUGGGAUCAGCGCUUCCGCCCCUGCGCAUCAACCGCGCACCUUGAUGGGAGAGGUCCCAUCUGUUAUAAAGAAACUCACGGCCAAUACACAAUCUGUGCCCGGGCCCCCAUUAAAUGCACCUAAUGAUGUGCAUCCGCAGAUUAACAUCACUGAUGAGAAUGCCGAACUGGGCCAUCACCCGAUUGUUGGAUCAACUUCCCUUCCAAGAGCUGGGCUUAAUCCAAUGGCAGACUAUCGGUUGGCACACUCUUUCUUUGUUCUAGUACUAAUAAACCAGUCUAACAGAUUCUUUUCCUUUUUGGUAGAAAUUGACUCCCCACUAUGCACGGAUAUCACGUUCUACCCAACCGAUGUGGAAAAAACGAUUGCGACCGUCUACAUUUCAUCUGUCUCUUUUGAACAAUUGAAUACGCUCGGUGAAUUGUUCAAGAAGGCCCUGGCCAAAGAAGCCGCUGUGAUAGACAUGGACCGCCUGAAAAUGGUCAUUGAGCGAGCAGCCUUAAAAACUUGCAAUGUCAUGGAAGUAGAUGCAGCUGACAGUCUAUCAUCAGCUAUCAUAUCUAACUUCCUCUGCGGUGGUAGCUCUGAUUUGAUAUCUGAUGAGUGUGGAUGUGUCUAUAGGAAGUAUACAGAAGCACUGAGGGUGAUCAGAAGGGCAACGACGGUGCCUCCAAAUCAUAAGAAGAAGGCGAUCAGCUUCCACGAUGAGUCUUUGGCCGUCCAAGUUUGGUUGUUCAAGUCUCUCAAGCUUUGGUCUUUUUGUGUCGAUCUGGAAGAGUCUAUCGGGACGGUCGAGUCGACUCAGAAAGCUUAUGAUACUAUCUUUGAGCUGAAGAUUGCCAAUGCGCAGAUUGUAGUGAAUUAUGGAAAUUUCUUGGAAGAGAAUGAGUAUUGGGAAGAGUCAUUCAAAGUAUACAAACGCGGGAUCGAGUUAUUUACGUAUCCAAUCGUGUUUGAGAUCUGGAACACGUAUCUGAACAAGUUCAUGAAGCACUACCAGGGGAAGAAGAUUGAGCGGGCACGGGAUCUGUUCGAACAAGUGUUGGAAAAAUGUCCGGAGAAGUUCGUCAAGCCAAUCUUCCUCUUGCUCGCCAAACGGGCCAUGGGCGUGCUUGAACGAGCUACUGAGAAAGUGGCGCUACAUGACCGCUUUGAAAUGUUCGCUUAUUAUAUCGCUAAAGCUACCGAAAACUUUGGACUACCUGCGACUCGUCCGAUCUAUGAAAAAGCGAUCAAGUCGUUGCCCAAUAAUCAGACCGCCAAAAUGUGUCUAAGGUUCGCUAAUCUUGAGCAAAAGUUGGGCAAGAUUGAUCAGGCUAGAGCUAUUUAUGCCCAUUCUUCCCAGUUUUGCGAUCCCAGAACUUCGCCUAAGUUUUGGGAAACUUACCAUAAUUUUGAGAUUCAACAUGGAAGUGAAGAUACAUUUAGAGAGAUGUUAAGGAUUAAACGAGCCGUUCAAGCUUCAUUCAACACGGAGACAUCCUAUCUGGCAGCCAAAGCAGCAGCCGCAAGAGCCGCUGGUAAUCGGGGUGGUGGGGCCACUGUCUCUCAACAACAAGAUGAAGAUGAUGAAACAGGAUCAGGAGACCCGAUGCGUAGACUCGAAAAAGAUGACCCUGCUUCUUCUACUACUGCGGGCAAUCAAGCUUUCGUCUUGUUGAAAAAUAGGCAGGCUCAAAUCGACCGUUCUGGGCCCCUUAACCCCGAUCAACAAGCUACCAAUAAUUCCGCUAAUGUUGAUGAGAUUGCAAUCAAUGAUGAUGAUGAUUAA